AUGGAGAUCGAUGAAGCGAUUAGAGGGUGUGAGGAUCGAAGACUUCAGACCAAGUAUAACAAUGCUACUAGUGUUAUUCAGAGAGCUUUGGCUUUGUAUCCUAUUGAGGAGGUUGCUUUCAGUUUCAAUGGCGGAAAGGAUUCAACGGUUUUGUUGCACCUACUUAGGGCUGGCUAUUUCUUGCAUAAAGUGGGGCAAAAUAGUGCUGCUGCCAAUGGAGAUGUUAAGGAUUUUCCUAUUCGAAUAAUAUACUUUGAAAGCCCUAGUGCUUUCCCGGAAAUCAACUCAUUUACCUAUGACACCGCUGCUACCUAUGGUUUGCAAAUUGACACCAUCCGCUUAGAUUUCAAGUCUGGUUUGGAGACUUUGCUGAAAGAUAAGCCAAUUCGAGCUAUUUUCCUUGGAGUUCGAAUGGGAGACCCUACUGCGGUUGGCCAAGAACAAUUCUCCCCCAGUUCACCUGGUUGGCCACCUUUCAUGAGAGUCAAUCCCAUUUUAGAUUGGUCAUACAGAGAUGUCUGGGCCUUCCUUUUAACUUGCAAAGUGAAGUAUUGCAGCCUUUAUGAUCAAGGAUAUACUUCAAUUGGAAGCAUAUAUGACACAGUUCCCAAUUCCUUACUAUCCAUCAUUAAUUCUUCCAAUAAAUUCAAACCAGCAUAUUUACUUUCUGAUGGAAGAUUAGAGAGGGCAGGGAGGGUUAAAAGGAAAUCUUCUGCUGGUGGACAACUUACUGCUGAUAGCAAUGGCUUGGAUGUGCAUAAAAACAGCACACUCACAGCAUCAAUCAUUGCUGUGGGAGAUGAGAUUCUGUUUGGCAUUGUUGAGGAUCAGUUGGGACCCUAUUUAUGUAGGAAGCUGGGUUCCGUUGGUUGGUCUGUGUUGCAAUGUUCUGUAGUUCACAAUAAUAUAGAUUCUGUGGCAGAAGAAGUUGAGCAACAGAAAUCUAGGACUGAUCUGGUAUUUAUAUAUGGAGGUGUAGGUCCACUGCAUUCAGAUGUUACCUUAGCCGGCAUUGCAAAAGCUUUUGAUGUUCGUUUGGCUCCUGAUGAAGAAUUUGAAGAAUAUCUACGGCAUAUUAUUGGUGAUCAGUGUAUUGGCGAUAGGAAUGAGAUGGCUCAAUUGCCCGAGGGCAUAACUGAAUUACUUCAUCAUGACAAUUUGGCUGUACCCUUGAUGAAGUGCCAAAAUGUAAUAAUUCUUAAUGCAACAAAUGUUUCGGAGAUGGAAAAGCAAUGGGAUUGUUUGGUUGAAUUAACAAAGUCUAGUGACCUACUAACAUUGCUGGAGCCAUUCAUAUCAAAGCACAUGACAACUAAUUUAUCUGAUGUUGAAGUUGCUCAACCUCUGUCAAAGCUUUGUCUUGAAUUCCCAGACCUUUAUAUUGGAUGUUACCGCAAAGCCAGAUAUGGAUCUCUCAUAAUAAGUUUCAAAGGAAAGGACCAAGCACGUCUUGAAUUAGCUAGAAAAGCGUUACAGAAUAAGUUUAAAUCUGGUGCAUUCUUGGAGAUAAAGAAGGAUGAUUGA